UCCUCCCAUUGCUCUGAUGUCAGAGUAAAGUCACAGUGAGGUGGGGGGUGGAUUUUGCAAGAGAAGGAUUGAGCAGUCUGACAGUAGGGCACAAGCUCUCGUGUCUGGGCUACAGCCCUGGGGGAGACAACCAUGGAACUCGAAGCAUUAGUGGACAUCCUACAAAGUGGAGAGCAGGACACGGUACAGAACGCCCUGUUAGACUUCAACAAAGAGUAUGCUCAAUGCUUCUUCUUCAAUGCAGAGGCACGGGAGAGACGGAAGAGGAUCGGCGAGCUGAUGGUCAAGUUCCUGGAGCGGGACCUGCAGCCGUCCUGCCGCCUGGCCACCCUGGAGGCCGUGCGCAUCCUGUCCCGGGACAAGCACGCCCUGGCACCCUUUGCCAGCCGGGACACCAUGGGCACCCUGGCACGGCUGGCAGGCAUCGAGUGUGGUGAGGAGGAAGAGGCGGAGAGGAGGCCGCCAGACGCCGAGGUGGCCUGCGAGGCCCUCAAGUGCCUGUGCAACACGGUGUACAACAGCGCGGCGGCGCGGCAGGCGGCGGCCGAGCUACGGCUGCUCGGCGGCCUGGCGGGCCGCCUCAAGCAUGGCGGCCAGCUGAGGCCGAGGCCGGGGCUGGGCGGAGGAGGAGGAAGAGGAGGGCGCGACGCCCGCUUCUACGAGCUGCGGCUGAUGUUCCUCCUGACGGCGCUGAGCGUCGAGGCCCGCGUCCAGCUGGCCCGCGAACUGCGCGGCCUGGCCCUGCUCACUGACGCGCUGGAGGCCGCGCUGGGCCUCCGCUGGCUGGACGUGGAGAUGGAGGAGGAGGAGGAAGGGGCAGGGGAGGAGGAAGAGGAGGAGGAGGUGGCGGCGGCGGCGGGGCCAGGGCCGGGUGGCAGGAUCCUGAGGCGCCUGGAGACUGACCGAGCCAUGGAGGUCCUGAAGAUCCUCUUCAACGUUACCUUCAACACCAACAGGAGGCAGGUGGACGAGGAGGACGCAGCUCUCUACCGCCAUCUAGCAGCUAUCCUACGCCACUGUCUGUUGACUCACACUGAGAGCAAGGAGAGGACGCUGGAAUUCCAUGGUCACACAGUCAACCUCCUGGUCAACCUGCCCCUGGCGUGUCUGGAUGUGCUGCUCACCCCGAAGGUUGAGCCUGGUUCCGUCGAGUACAUGGGAUUGAAUAUGGACGCAGUGGCGAUCCUGCUGGACUUCAUGGACAAGAGACUGGACCGGGGCCUGAAGCUGAGGGAAACACUGACUCCCAUUCUCAGCCUGCUGACAGAGAGCUCGCGUUUCCACCGGGAGACCCGCAAGUUCCUACGCGCCAGGGUCCUACCGCCCUUGCGGGACGUGAGGAAUCGCCCCGAGGUGGGAGAAACCCUGCGUAACAAAUUAGUGCGCCUCAUGACGCACAUCAACACCGACGUGAAACACUGUGCCGCUGAGUUCCUCUUCGUCUUGUGCAAGGAGAACGUGUCCCGUUUUGUGAAGUACACCGGAUGGAACGCGGCUGGGCUGCUGGCAGCUCGAGGACUUCUGGGAGGUGGAAGAGGAGAAGGGGAGUAUUCUGAGGAAGAGGACACAGACACAGAGGAGUAUAAAGAGGCAAAACCCAAUAUCAACCCAGUGACGGGCCGGGUUGAGGAAAAGCUUCCGGAUCCCAUGGAGGGAAUGACGGAGGAACAGAAGGAAUACGAGGCCAUGAAACUCGUCAGUAUGUUCGACAAACUAUCCAGGGAACAGAUAAUCCAGCCAAUGGUGGUAGGCUGUGAUGAGCUCACACCAUUGGAUGAGACAGUACAGCAAAUGGCAGAACAGAUCUCCUUGCAUUCGGAUUCGGGACUUGGACUGAUACAACAAGAAGUUAAUGUAAAUAGUCACUGGAAACGGAAAUUGGUGACCUCGUAAAGAUGGGCCCUUGUUAGAGUUUGGGACCACGUGAUAUUCUGUGAAGAAAAAUCCCUUGAAGGGUAAAACACAAAACCAUUAGUUGUGAAAGAAGCUGAAUGGGCUCAGUAGGAUCCCUUUAGAAACUUACACUUGUGGAACACUUUCUGCAUCCCUUUCAGCAAUAUCCCUGAGCACUUUAUAGCCAGCAAAGAUUGUUCUGAAGUGUAAGUCACUGUUGUAAUACGGGGGCUUCCUGGGUUACGAAUGACCUGACUUACGGGAAUCCAACCUUUACGCAAAUUCUCCCGUACAUUUUUAAAGCAUUUUUCAAGGCGGUAUUAACAAUAAUGCAAUGUUUCAUGGUAUUCAUUAAUGACUGGAUACAGCACACUUUCCAUUAGUUUAAUUAUAGGUAACGUUAAGGUGAAUAUUUGAUCAAAUGAAAGGAUAUGUAUGUAUGUAAAAACAAGUAUAUGUAGAGCAAUACGAUAAAGGUAGCUUUAGAAAACAGACGUUUCUGACUUGGGAAGAAAUUGGCUUACAGACAGUUCUCAGGAACAGAAUCCUUAUGUAACCCAGGGAUUGCCUGUAUAGGAAAUGUGGUGCCUAAUGUGUGCUUAGCAAGCUCCCACGUACAGCAAUAUGAAAACAACCAAUCGAUUCCUGAGGAAUAAAUGUUAGCCAAGGAAAGCUCCCCUUCAGAAUCUUGACCACAAAAUUGAUUGCAUUCAUCUAUGAGGGAAUGUGGACCUCCUUUUAACAUUCCAUUUGAAGGUCAGCACCUCCAACAGUGCAGCACUCCCUCAGUCAUAAACUUAAACUCCAAACUUUCUGACACAGACUAACCCAGGCCUGACACUUCAGUGGGAUGUGAAUGUUAUCCCAAGAAGUUAAGAGAUCUCAGUCUCUUUCUCUUCUCACUCUGCAGGCUGCCUUGCAAAGUUAAUCAAAACAACAGCUCCAUAAUCCUGGUGUUGAAACUCAGCGGAGCCCCAUCCUGCUACCUGAGGUUACCAAUCUUCAGCUGCACAGUGUAGAGUCUCUAGCCGUUGAGCCUUCACGUCGUACCCUGUUGUUUCCGGUCACUGUUUGUCACGUUGUCCCUACCUCUUCCUGCAGAUAUUUCGCAGAGGGAUUGCCUGUUGCCUGGAAACUGUGACAUCCUGGCUUUCACACAUGGGGACAGAACUGGGCAUUUAGAUCUCCACAUCACAAUGUUUCAGGAUUCUGAUGUACAGCUUUGUAACUGGUUAAUUCCCAUAGAUAUAGCAGUCUGAAGUGUUAUUCUGAGAGCCAUUGUGCUCCUACAAUACUCUUGUGUUCUCAAGGUAGUAGAUUGCCCAAAUUUCUUUCCUACACUGGAUGCGGUUUGCCAUCUUCCAUUUGUGCACGGGAUGCUUAGCUGCACCAAAUAUCUCCAAGUGCAGAUGGUGACCACCCCACAACUCCCAUGAGGAAAGAAGUCCAGGAGCUUGGCUAUCAGCUUGGUAUAAGAACUAGCUUUGUAAUCACUAGGCAAGGAUUGCCAGCAGCAUUGGAGCUAAUUCCCACAUGGACCAGCAAGAAUUAAGAAUGGGACUUUAUUAUCUUUUGAACUUUAUACAGUAGAUGUACAGCUCAUCCUGUUUGGUCAAACGUAUUUACUUUGUUACCGUGGAACUUAAUAAACAGUUGAACUUU